AUGGGGACUCCUAAAGUGACAAGUCGACGUGGCUCGAAAAGAAUUCUAAAACCAGUGAUAGAGAAAAAGCGCAGAGACCGAAUCAACCAGCGUUUGGACGAACUUCGGACACUUCUGUUGGACAACACCCUGGACUCGAGGCUACUAAACCCAAAGCUUGAGAAAGCAGAGAUUUUGGAACUUACCGUGGAGUACAUCCGUAAAAAGACCAACGGCCGCAAGGAAAAGAGAGAGCCCAGUGACAGCACAGCUACGGCAGCUCAGCAGGACAGCGGCCCCCAGCCCUGCGUGUCCUUCAUCUCCCUCCAAGACCCCGGCAGUAUCCAAACUCCACUGCCCAACAAUCCCUUAUACGUGGCAGGCUUCAGGGAAUGCAUCUCGCGACUGGCCGGUUUUAUUGACUGCGUGGAGCCCUGCCAUAGAGACAGCUUCAUACAGGGCCUGAGACAACACCUGGAUGCCCACAGUGGAGCCCUCCCUCAGGGAAGAGUGACUAAUCCACCUGGGCCUACACCCUGGAUGCCCAGCCCAGAGCUCCAGUGCAGGACUGACAUGUCAGCAGUUGGGCCUGUCAGGGGGAAAACUGAGGCUUUGUCUUACAGUAAUGCUCUGUACCCCAGUUCAUUCAUACUCCCCCACCCCCACGCUUCAGCUCAGCCUCCCAUUUCACAUCCUUACCCAUCUCCUCCUUACAGUCUCUCUCCACCCCCCUCCCCCUGUUACUCUGCCUCCUCUCCUCCUUUCUCUGCCUCUCCUCCAUACAUCACCAUGCCAUGUCAGUUCCUCUUCCCUCCAUCCCUCUCUCCGCCGUCGUCUGACUCCUCCUCCUCGUCUGCCUCCUCUCUCUCCACCCCUGCAGCUGCUCUUGUUUGUGGUGCUCCCUCUCUCCUGUCCUCCGGGCCUCCCACCCCGCUCCGACCUCUCACCGGCCCGGUUCCCCCAGGCCCAGCCCGGACGCUGAGACGGACUUUGUUUCAGAACCAGGCCCAGACAGUGUGGAGGCCCUGGUGA